AUGUUCGGAUGUCCAGCAAAAGUAGGAUUAGCCUCAAUUUAUAUUCCAACAAAUGAAAUUGAAUGUUUGUGUACUGAGGAGGAUAUUGAAUCAAUUCUACCACAAAAUAGUGAUGAAGACACUGGAAAUAUUUCAAGUCUAAGUGAUGGAUACUGUGAAAAUUAUACUAAAGAUGAAGCAAAACUUGUUAACGAGCGACAAAACAAAAUAACGAACGAACGAAAAAAAUCAGUCUCAUGUUUGCAGAAACAAGCAGAAAAGAUGUUAAAGUCACCAUCAUCUCGAUUUGAUCCACUCGAAAUAGGUUCAACCGUUAGAGUAUCGAUACCAGAUGUAGAUCGUGCUCGCGGAGCUCCGCGUAAUUUAUUAGCAGUCGUUUUAGAUGUCGAAAAUGAUCUUUACAAAUUAGGUGAGUACCCUUGUAUAAAUUAUUCAAAUAUUUACAAAAAAUGA